GCGAGGCGCGGAGCGGGGGCAGCCCCGGAGCGGAGCCGGCCGCACCCCCUCCGCCAUCCGCCGCCAUCCGCCCCCCGCCGCCGCCCCCCGCUCGGCACCGGCGGCUCCGCCGCUCAGCGCCGCGUCCGCCCGAGCCGCCGCGGCCGCGAUCGCGAGCACAACAUGGCAGGAGCUGGAGGAGGCAAUGACAUUCAGUGGUGUUUUUCUCAGGUGAAAGGCGCUGUAGAUGAUGAUGUAGCAGAAGCGGAUAUAAUUUCUACAGUAGAAUUUAACCAUUCUGGAGAGUUGUUAGCAACAGGAGACAAAGGAGGUAGAGUUGUCAUCUUUCAACAGGAGCAGGAGAACAAAACCCAGUCUCACAGUAGAGGAGAAUACAAUGUUUACAGUACCUUUCAAAGCCAUGAACCAGAGUUUGACUACUUGAAAAGUUUAGAAAUUGAAGAGAAGAUCAACAAAAUUAGGUGGUUACCCCAGAAAAAUGCUGCUCAGUUUUUAUUGUCUACAAAUGAUAAAACCAUAAAGUUAUGGAAAAUCAGUGAAAGGGACAAAAGACCAGAGGGUUAUAAUUUAAAGGAGGAAGAUGGACGGUAUAGGGAUCCUACUACAGUUACAACACUACGGGUGCCAGUAUUCAGGCCCAUGGACCUCAUGGUUGAAGCUAGUCCACGAAGAAUAUUUGCCAAUGCUCACACGUAUCACAUCAAUUCCAUCUCCAUUAAUAGCGAUUAUGAAACGUACCUAUCUGCAGAUGACUUGCGGAUUAACCUGUGGCACCUAGAAAUUACAGACAGAAGUUUUAAUAUUGUAGAUAUUAAGCCUGCCAACAUGGAGGAGCUCACAGAGGUGAUAACAGCGGCAGAGUUCCACCCAAACAGCUGUAACACAUUUGUGUACAGCAGCAGUAAAGGAACAAUUCGUCUCUGUGAUAUGAGAGCAUCAGCACUCUGUGACCGACAUUCAAAAUUGUUUGAAGAACCAGAAGAUCCUAGCAACAGAUCGUUUUUCUCUGAAAUCAUCUCUUCCAUAUCUGAUGUCAAAUUUAGCCAUAGUGGUCGAUACAUGAUGACUAGAGAUUAUCUGUCAGUGAAGAUCUGGGAUUUAAAUAUGGAAAACAGACCUGUGGAAACAUACCAGGUGCAUGAAUACCUCAGAAGUAAACUUUGCUCACUCUAUGAGAAUGAUUGCAUUUUUGACAAAUUUGAAUGCUGUUGGAAUGGAUCAGACAGCAUUGUCAUGACAGGAUCUUACAACAACUUCUUCAGAAUGUUUGACAGGAACACAAAGCGAGACAUCACCUUAGAGGCAUCCCGGGAAAACAACAAGCCCCGUACCGUGUUGAAGCCCCGUAAAGUAUGUGCAAGUGGUAAGCGAAAGAAGGAUGAAAUCAGUGUUGACAGCCUAGACUUCAACAAGAAGAUUCUACACACAGCCUGGCAUCCUAAGGAGAACAUCAUUGCCGUAGCUACUACAAACAACUUGUAUAUAUUUCAAGACAAAAUGAAUUAGGGUUGGCAUUCCUACCUGAAGAGUCCACUUCCUGCAUAGUUGAAAUAGUUGAAUCUAGCAUUUGUACCUGUAAACGAAAGAGAAUGAGAGGUCCAUUAUGGCACCCCCUUUCCAGUGUUUAAAAAUGUGCCAUAUGACAACACACUUUUAUAGCUACAUGGAGAAAGCUCUGUUGAUGUGUCACUGCGUUCUUCUCCAUGUCUGCUAGCCAUUUAGGUGAGGAUAGGGCACUUUUUAAUUUAAAUGACUACUUGCACCAUCUUGCCUAAUGGACUAGAUUGGACUGUAUCAACAUCGGUUUACUCCACUUUUUAUGCCUUCCAUUGUGAUGACGUCCAACACAGGGAAAGCCUUCAGUCAUGCUAUGGGAUUUAAUUGUGUAACCUCAUUACUGUAUCAUUCGUGGCCCCCUUUUUUUAUUAAAUACAGCUCAUUCUUGCUGUGGCUUGUAGCAUUCCUCCUCCUUCUGGCCUCCUGGACUCCCCCUUUCCUUUUCACCCCCCUCCACCUCGCCUUGGUGGUGGUGUAGAAAAAACCCAACAAAAUAAAGCACAUGAAAUGGGUCCGUUUGGGGUCAGUGGUAAAGGGGGUCUGUGUUGCAACCAAUGUUUUAAUAAACAGUUGACUGUAAUCACUCCUUGCCAUGUCUGGCACCAAAAAAAAAAAAAAAAAAGGAGAAAAUAAGGAAAAAAACAAACUACUGAAUAAAAGUGACAAAAAAUGGA